UAUCGCAAUUGUUUUGUACGACUUUUCUGCGUUAGUAAAGAAGGCAAAAAUAGGAGGAGGUUGGGAAAUCGAGUAGCGUGUGCAGCGGGCGGUGCUGCGGAUAACGUCUCGUUCCGUCGGGAGCAUUGGAGGGGAGCGGCAGGGCCCCUCGCAGUCCAUGGCGACUGUGGGAUUUAGACUUGCAGUCCCCCCCCCGGUCGGCAGAGGCGGAGAAGCUGCAAAGUGCGUCUCCCCGUCGGCCUCCACGGCGUCCCGUUUCCCGCGCUCCCCCUCACUCGCCCUCCCACGACGGUUCCCUCCCAGGACCAGAACGCACCGGCGGCCCUCCGCACCGGCGCCGGGCUCCUCCAUCUCAGAGAAAAGGCCCUCGAGCGCGGCGGAAGCGGAAGCGGAAGCGGAAGAGGAGGAGGUGGACCCGUGCGCGGAGGUGCGGUACCUGGACCCGGAGGCGGACGGCGGAAGCAUACGGGAGUGGGAGCUGGACUUCUGCUCGCGGCCCAUACUUGACGAGCGGGGCAAGAAGGUGUGGGAGCUCGUCGUAUGCGAUCGUACCCUGUCCUUGCAGUACACCCGUUACUUCCCCAACAACGUCAUCAACAGCGUCACUCUCAAGGAUGCCAUCGCCUCCGUCGCCACCACGUUGGGCGUCCCCUUGCCCGACAAGAUCCGCUUCUUCAGGUCGCAGAUGGUGACGAUUAUUACAAAAGCCUGUAACGAGCUGGGCAUCAAACCAAUUCCCAGUAAACGGUGUAUAUCACUGCUUCUAUGGCUAGAAGAGCGGUACGAGGUUGUGUACAGCAGGCAUCCUGGUUUCCAACCAAGAUUAAAGCCACUUUUAUCGUUAGACAAUCCAUUCCCCAUGAAUCUUCCUGAAAACCUCUUCGGAGACAGAUGGGCUUUUGUCCAAUUGCCCUUCUCAGCUAUUAAGGAGGAGCUCUCAUCAUUAGGCUCAAGAUAUGCCUUUGGUGGAAGUCUAGAUUUAGAUCUUCUGGGUUUCGAAUUUGAGAACAAAACGUUAGUCCCCGGACUUGCUGUUGCAUCAUCACGAGCUAAACCUCUAGCCGCUUGGAUGAAUGGUCUGGAGGUUUCUUCCGUAGAAACAGACAUAGACAGGGGUUGCCUGAUUUUAUCGGUGGGAGUUUCUACUCGGUAUAUCUAUGCCACCUACAAGAAGAGUGCUAGAACAACCCAGGAGGCAGAAGCGUGGGAAGCGGCGAAGAAGGCAUGCGGAGGUCUGCAUUUCCUUGCUAUACAAGAGUGCCUAGAUUCAGAAGACUGCGUUGGGUUUUGGCUCCUCUUGGACUUGCCUCCUCCACCGGUCUGAUUUUUGUAUUUAAUACGAGUCUUGAUUCAUCAAUUUUACACCCAUAGCCCAAGAAGUCGAGAUCCGAACAAUGCAGAAAUUAAAACUGAUGAAAUGCGGCUUCUUCAAUAAUAUGCUUAGCAUUUGUACAUAUUCCCUUCGUUAUAUAACUUUCUUGUGAAGCUGGACUGUAAUGUGGCGUGACGAUGUCCCUCCUGGUUAGCCUCAAAAGUGGCCAAAAUGAUACAACGCUAAAUUUCACAGUGACAACCUAGCUCUCCACUUCGGUU